AUGCAGUCCAACACAGCAGCCAUGCAGGACAACAUAGCAGGCGUGCACGACAACACAGCACCCAUGCAGGUCAACACAGCACCCAUGCAGGUCAACACAGCAGCCAUGCAGGACAACACAGCAGCCAUGCAGGUCAACACAGCAGCCAUGCUAGACAACACAACAGCCAUGCAGGUCAACACAGCAGGCAUGCUAGACAACACAGCAGCCAUGCUAGACAACACAGCAGCCAUGCACGACAACUCAGCACCCAUGCAGGUCAACACAGCAGCCAUGCAGGACAACACAGCUGCAAUGCUAGACAACACAGUGGCCAUGCAGGUCAGCACAGCAGCCAUGCAGGACAACACAGCUGUAAUGCUAGACAACACAGCAGCCAUGCAGGUCAACACAGCAGCCAUGCAGUACAACACAGCAGCCAUGCUAGACGACACAGCUGCCAUUCAGAUCAACACAGCAGCCAUGCAGGACAACACAGCAGCCAUGCUAGACAACACAGAAGCCAUGCAGGUCAACAGAGCAGCCAUGCAGGACAACACACUAGCCAUGCAGGUCAACACAGCAGCCAUGCUAGACAACACAGCUGCCAUGCAGGACAACACAGCAGCCAUGCUAGACAACACAGCAGCCAUGCAGGUCAACACAACGGUCAUGCAGGACAACACAGCAGCCAUGCAGGUCAGCACAACAGCCAUGCAGGACAAUACAGCAGCCAUGCAGGUCAACACAACAGCCAUGCAGGACAACACAGCAGCCAUGCAGGUCAACCCAACAGCCAUGCAGGACAACACAGCAGCCAUGCAGAACAACACAACAGCCAUGCAGGUCAACACAGCAGCCAUGCAGGACAACACAGCACCCAUGCAGGUCCACACAGCACCCAUGCAGGUCAACACAGCAGCCAUGCUGGUCAACACAACCGGUGUGCAGGACAACAUAGCAGCAAUGCAAGACAACACAGCAGCCAUGUAG